UCUGAGGGGGGAGAGGGUGAGAAUAGAGAAGGACACAGACUGCUACAGAGGAAGACUGUAGAGAGGAGGAAGAGGAGAUUCCAACAAAAGGACGUGAGAAAGGAGUGUGCAGGAUUUGUGACUCAGUCAGAUAGUUAAGAAAAAAGGACGGUUUUCGCAUUAUAUCAGAUUCAUGGAGGUUCAACAGACAGUGGAUUGCUUUGCUGCUGCAGCUCUCGACACUUUCCCACACAUUAAAGUGCAGCUGUGCUGAAAUCUCUCCAGGAGGAAUAUUGACGAGUCAAAGGAUCAACAACUCUGAAGUCGCCACUCUUCCGACACAAUGACCACCGCUUCCUCUUCCUUACUCUUCGCUCUGUCAGCCUCUUCUUCGUCUAACACCUCUACCCUCCCCGUUUCGAUGUUUACCGACACCUCGCUUCCUAAUUCCUCUUCCUCAAACCAGACUACGUGUUCGUUUGAUGACCACGCCCUCCGUCUGCCUCUCGCCGUUCUCUACUCCCUGUUCUUCCUGUUUGGGCUUGUGGGUAACCUCUUCGCCCUGUGGGUCUUCCUUUUCCUGCAUUCAAGCCGCAACUCUGUGCGUGUGUUUCUCAUAAACUGCGCCGUGGCUGAUCUGGUGCUCCUGGCGUGUCUGCCCUUCAGGGUUUUCUACCAUCUCAAUGGAAACCGCUGGGCGCUGGGGUCCGUCGCCUGCAAGAUGGUGGGAAACCUUUUCUACAUGAACAUGUACAUCAGUAUCACGUUACUGGGGCUCAUCAGCUUGGACAGAUACCUGAGGUUGAAGGGGAAGGGCAGAGCGCGGAGAGGCGUCAGGAUGACCCUGUGGGGGCGCAGCCGGCACUGGAGCUGGUUGGCGUGCGGCGCUCUGUGGGGGCUGUCUCUGGUGGCGCUGGUGCCCAUGAUUGCUACAGCAGAGGACAAAGACUCCCAGGGCAAGUGCUUUCAGUACAAGCAGCGUAGCAGCAAAGCCAAAGGGAAGGCUUACUUCAACGGCGUGCUGGUGCUGCUGUUCUGGCUCGUCUUCGUCAUGCUGGUGGUCUCCUAUGCCAAGAUCGCUGCCCAGCUGAUGAAGGUGUCCCAGGACAAGCCGGACCUUCCCAACGCGCACAGAUACCAGCGCACCGCCAAGAAGUCCUUCUUCGUGCUCUUCCUGUUCACCAUCUGCUUUGCGCCCUACCACGCCUUCCGCCCCGUCUACAUCAUCUCGCAGCUGAGCAAGGCGGUCUCGUGUGACUACUUAAAGCUGGUGGACCGCACCAAUGAGAUAAUGCUGUUAUUCUCCGCCUUCAACAGCUGUUUGGAUCCUGUCAUGUACUUCCUGUUGUCCGGCACAGUGCGCAAAACCGCCCUGCGAGCGCUUGGACACCGACUCCGCAACCGGUUCAUCUUCCUUAAUGACGCGACGUCAAACAGCUCGACCACAGAGUUCAGACGAGGUUCUGUGCCUAUGGCUAACACCCCCUCGGGCACCCCCAGGACGAGCAUCUGCAUCAUCAACUCCACCCUGCGCCGCACAGGACUGAACGCGGUGCCGGCUACUGGAUAACAGGGAUGACGUUAUCUGACUUUUCAAGCAUAGUCCGGACUGUUUGGACAAUUCUUUGUAAAUCGAAUAAUGCACAUAUCUUAAUAUUUUGUGAAAACAAUAAAUGUUUUGUUUACCGAU